GGUAACGAUAGCUCCCGUGUACACACACGCACACAGUCUUCCCUUUCCCGGUGGGGAAAACCAUUGGCAACGCGGUGGCCAAACAAACCACCGGAACCAAAUUUUCACAUACCAUACUCAGUGUGUGAACCAUGAACUCCGGCGAGGACGACAUCUACGGCGGAUUCUCCGGCGUUACGAACAAGCUUUUCAACUACGACAUCAAGGAGGACAAGGCAUUCCAGAAUGCGGUCAAGACCUCGAGCUACGGAAAGAAGACGUCCACGCCCAAGUUCUACUGGAAUGGGGACAAACUGGGUUCAGCGGAAGCUACGGCCACCAUGGCACGACCUUCAACGGCCAUCCGUCCGGUGGGGUAUUCGUCACAGAACAGCAAACUGUUCGAUCCGCUGAAUCAAGCCGCGAAGAAGAUCGUCGUGAUGGAGAGCAAGAAAGAGGAAACACCGGAACAGCGCUACAAAAAUAUGGAAACCAAGAUAUAUGCCCUGCUGGAGGAAUCGAUCAUCGCCAGCACCGGUUCCAAGCCGGACAUGUCGGUUGGAUUGGCGAAAGCGAAAGAGGCUUCUGCGUUGGAUCGCACUCUGCUCCGCAUGAGGGACCAAGAUGGCGGAACGUACACACACAACUUUGAUCUGACGUUCUUCGUGCUGUUCAAUCUGGCCAACGUCUACGCCAAGAAUGAGAUGUACAUCGAAGCACUGAACACGUACACGUUGAUGACCAAGAACAAGAUGUUUCCCAAUGUGAAUCGAUUGAAGAUCAACAUGGGCAACAUUUACUUUCAGCUAGGGCUGUACACCAAAGCGAUCAAGAUGUACCGGAUGGCGUUGGAUCAGGUGCCCAGCAAUCAGAAGGAACUCCGAUUGAAGAUCACUCAUAACAUCGGUAUACUGUUCAUAAAGAUGGGACAGUAUUCGGAUGCAGCGACCAGCUUCGAAUUCAUAAUGUCCGAGAAGGGUGACCUCAAGACCGGGCUGCACUUAAUCCUCUGCUACUAUGCUCUGGGAGAUGUAGAAAAGGUCAAGCAUGCCUUCCAGCUGCUGUUGGACAUUCAGAUCGACUACCUGGAAGACGAGAAGAUCUUUCAAUCGAAUUCCAAUCCAUCGUACGAGUACAUCAACGAGAUGAUCAAGUCGGACGAGAUGCACGUCUACGAACAGAAGAUACGCCACCUGGCGGAGAAGAACAUCCUGAUCUCAGCCAACUUGAUAUCAACCAUCAUUGACGACUACUUCAAUGAUGGCUACAGCUGGUGCGUUGAAACUAUCAAGAAUUCUUACUUUUCAUCCUUGGCCGUUGAUCUGGAACUGAAGAAAGCUGUCAUCUACCUGAAGCAGGACGACAUCCAGCAGGCAAUCGAAACUCUCAAGUACUUUGAGAAAAAGGAGUCCAACAUAGCUAUCAAUGCGGCGAUCAAUCUAAGUUUCAUCCAUAUUCUGAAAAAGGACAUCACCACUGCGGAGACGUACACCGAAACCGCGAAGAAAAUCGACAGCUACUGCCCGGCGGCUUUUAUCAACAGCGGAGUCUGCAGCAUGCUCAAAAAUGACCUGGAAACGGCCAAGCUAAUGUUUCUCAACGCCCUGGACAUCGAUUCAACUUCGUUCGAAGCGCUCUACAACAUUGGACUGAUCUUCAAAAAGCUAGGCGAUCACAACAAUUCGCUCCUCUACUUCCGGAAGAUCAUUUCCAACCUGGGCCACGAGCAACACCCGGAAGUCCUGUACCAAAUUGCUAGCCUAUAUGAUCUGCUGGGUGAUGUCGGAACGGCUUUGGAGUACUACCUGCAGCUGUUGAGUUUGGUUCAGCAGGACAACAAGAUCAUCCAGAAGAUCGGCGAACUAUACGAAACGGAUGGAGAAAGACAACAGGCCUACCACUACCAUCACGAGUCCUAUCGCAUCUUUCCGAUCGAGUCCAGUGUGAUCAACUGGUUGUGCUCGCACUACAUCGAACUGCAGGUGGUGGAAAAAGCGAUCGGAUUCUACGAAAAGGCCGUUCUCAAGAACCCCCAGGAUCCUUACUAUCUGCUGCGGAUCGCCGGAUGCUAUCGUCGAAUCGGCAAUCAACAGAAAUCGCUGAACCUAUUCAAGAUGAUUCACGAUAUCUACCCGGAAAAUGUGGACUGCCUACGAGCGUUGAUUCACCUCACGCAGACGCAGGGAAACAACGAACUAUGCGAGCGGUACAUGGGUGAACUGCAGAAGCUGGAAAAGCAAAAGGAAGUCCGCCAGAGGAUCAACACCAGCAGGCCUCCGACGACGGCGAGCAGUUCGCGGAUUUCCAGUGGUGAACACAGUGCCCGAUCCGGCGGUGGAGGAGGGGUAGACAGCUACCAACCACCGGGAACGGCUUCCGGUGGAAGCAAGAGCACGGACGUGUCUCCGGAUUACAAUGCCUUGUCGAGCGCUUAUGGUUAUGCGGAUCCGCUGGGGCCACCACAGGAGCGUCCACGAACCGGAAUACGCAAGAACGUUACGCUGGACGAUGACUCCGAUGAGGACAUCAAUCCGUACGACCUGUUGCCGGUGUAGGUU